AUGACCGAGGAGAUCAUAACUUGCGACUUAAUAUGCCCGUCUUCACCUGAGGAGACUUCAGGUGGCUUUAAAACUGAAAAAAAGAUGGAUUUAGAGCAGCCUAUUUUCUCCGCGUUGAGCGGCGGAGCGAAGCAGCAGCAGCAGGUGGAGGAGGUGGAGGUGGAGGAGGUGGAGGAGGAGGACACCGCGCUGGCGACCUCACCGGCUGGGACCACCGCCGACUCCGAGUCCGGGAUCUUCUCUGGUGAAUAUGAGUCGUGUGUGGAGCACGAGUCCGAGCUGGACUGGUUCUGUGGCACCGAGCAGAAACUCAUCUGCUCUCACUGCGCCAUCGUGGGCCCCUGCCACGGACACACUGUGACCCCUCUGGCCACCAGAGUCACCGCAGUCAGGAACCAACUGGUGGAUGUGUGUGAGAAAAUGCAGCUGCAGGCACUGAGGAUUGAGAGGUUUAUCGACCAGACGCUGACAGCCAAAGAGCAAAAACUUCAGGUAUCGGCAAGCAGGGCGAGGGAGCAGGUCUUGGCUCAGGUCAGCGCAGCUCGUGAAGCCCUGGAGGAGGAGGAGCAGCGUCUCUUGGAGGAGGUGCAGAGAGAGGAGGAGCGGGUGGAGCAGUGUCUCCUCACCCAGAGAGCCCACUGGAUCCAGGCUCUGGCGAGACUGACGCAAACACGCUCCGGCCUGGUGCAAACGCUGACCCACACUCCAGACGCACAGCUGGUGACGAGUGUCCAGGAGAUAGCUGAAAGGGUGGAGGAGGCUGACGGUGUAGGGGAGCCAUGUGACACAGACCAGCUCAACCUGAACCCAGACUGCAGUGAAAGCAAGCUGCUGAGAGGCCUGUGGGCCACUGCAGUGCUGCUGGGGCCAAACGCUUAUGGAUCCUCUAAUUUAAUGUUUGAUGAGCGCACAUUAAGCCCUCUCCUGUCCCUCUCUGGCGACUCAUACACUUUGACCUUCCUUUACAAAAAAACUCGCCAAUCGCCGCCCUACGACCCAGCACGCUUUGACUGUUGGCCAAACGCACUGGGUUCACUGUCCAUGUCCUCUGGCAGCCACAGCUGGGUGGUGGAUGUGGGCCAGAGUGGUGCCUUCAAGGUCGGGGUCUGCUACACCUCUCUGGAGCGCAAAGGCUCCGGGAAUGAGGCCCGACUUGGCCACAACAGCCAGUCUUGGGUGCUGUCUCACUACGACGGGGACUACUCCUUCUGCCACGCUGGGAGGAAGGAGCCCCUGCAGGUGGCGAGGAAACCCCAGAGGAUCGGCCUGCUGCUCGACUGGCCGAGUCAGACGCUGUUGUUUUACGAGGCGGACUCCAGCAGCGUGCUGCACGCCGUCACGCAUCACUUCACUGCCCCGCUGGUGCCGGCGUUUGCCGUGACGGACCGCAGUAUCACCAUACUGCAUUGACGCAAAGCACACUCUGCCAAAAACACUUAACGACCUUAAACAUGUGAAGAAAUGCUUUUCUCUUAUGUAAAUAUGUUCAGCAGCUAA